AUGUCCCACCAAGAGGGCAACACAGAUGGUUUGCCAGACUUAGGGACUGAAAGCCUGUUCAGUCCAGAGGGGCAGUCCGGAGCGGCGGCAGCGACGGAGGCGUCCUCAGACACAGAAAUGGCGGCCGCAGAGCCAUCCACCCGAGCUGGCGGCGAUACCAGGGAUGAUGGUUUCCUGAACGACGCCAGCACAGAAAAUCGAAGCACUGACAGAGAAGGUUCAGGUGAAGACGUGGAACUUGAGAUCCUGGAUGACUUUGACGGUUACCACAUGCUUAGUGGAAACAUAUUUUAUUACUCUUUACUGGGAGAGGAGGAGAGAGAAGGGGAGGAGGAAGGAGAGGAGAGAACGGAGGGAGGGGAGGAGGAAGAGGAACAGCCUCAGGUGUGUCCACGAUGCGAUGGUGCCAACCAUGAGCAGUGUUUGUUAGAGGAAGAUAGGGUGCUGGAGGAGUGGAUUUCCGCAGAGACAUCUGUCCUGCCUCGACCUCGCUGGCAGGUCGUUACUGCUCUUCGCCAGCGGCAGCUGGGUUCAAGUACCCGCUUUGUCUAUGAGGCCUGUGGGGCAAGAGCCUUUGUGCAGCGUUUCCGCCUGCAAUAUCGUCUUGAAGGCCAUUUCAGUUCUAUUUGUACUGUAUGCUUUAACCAGCGUGGUACCCGGCUGGCCACUAGUGGUGGUAACCUAAACGUGACAGUGUGGGACUGGGUGCGGCAGCAGCCAGUACUGAACUUUGAGAGUGGUCACGAAAUUAACGUCACCCAUGUUAAGUUCCUUCCUAACUGUGGUGAUUCCACACUGGCCACAUGUGGCCAUGAUGGGCAGGUACGGGUAGCAGAACUAAUUAAUGCAUCAUAUUGCGAGAAUACUAAGCAUGUGGUACAGCACAGGAGUGCCGCUCACGAGUUGGCUCUGGAGCCAGACUCUCCUUUUAAGUUCCUGACUUCAGGUGAAGAUGCCGUUGUCUUCACCAUUGACCUCAGACAAAGCCGACCGGCUUCAAAAUUUGUGGUAACAAGAGAAAUGGGGAAGAGAGUGGGACUGUAUACAAUCUCUGUGAGUCCUGCCAAUACCUACCAAUUUGCAGUGGCCGGAGAAGAUCAGUUUGUCAGGAUUUAUGACCAGAGGAGAAUUGAUGAGAAUGAAAACAAUGGAGUACUUAAGAAAUUCUCUCCUCAUCAUCUGGUGGAUUGUGAUGUCUCAACAAACAUCACCAGCAUUGUGUACAGCCAUGAUGGCACAGAGCUCCUGGCCAGCUACAGUGAUGAAGACAUUUACAUCUUCUACCCCUCUGACAGUGAUGGUGCUGAAUAUGUUAAGAGAUUUAAGGGACACAGAAAUAAUGACACAAUCAAAGAUGUUAAAUAUUAUGGCCCCAGGAGUGAGUUUGUCGUGAGCGGUAGUGAUUGUGGGCACAUCUUCUUCUGGGAGAAAUCAUCUUGCCAGAUCAUCCAGUACAUGGAGGGGGACAGAGGAGGUAUAGUAAACUGUCUUGAACCCCACCCUUACCUACCUAUGUUGGUGACCAGUGGCCUAGAUCGUGAUGUCAAGAUCUGGACACCCACAGCUGAAGCUGCCACUGAGCUUACUGGGUUAAAAGAUGUGAUUAAGAGGAACAAGAAGGAACGAGAUUUAGAUAGCUUGCACCAUACUGGCAUGUUUGACAGCUAUACGCUCGGGCUUCUCGUGCAACAGAUGUCACAGAGAGGUCAUGACCCUGGCUGGAGAGAUCACACAGCUGAGUUCCCAGAUGAAGAGUUGGAUGAGGCUUCCAGCAACUCAGAUACAUCUGAGGAGGAGGGCCAAGAUCAAGGGGAGUGCUUGCCAUCUUGA